UGUCAAUCAAGAUCACAUUGUAGCAAGUAGCAAGCGUGUUGUUUACAUUCUAAUAACCUAAUCAAAACUUAUGGCAAUUGUGAAAAAACUAAAUAUGUCUGUAUCCGAAGAGACAACAGCAGAUGUGGUGAAUGAAAAUGGGAAGCGUAGCGCUACGGAUAGAAAUACCGAAGGAAAGAAACGCAUUAGGGGUUUAUACCGGCAACCGACAGUCAACGAGCUAAACCGUCUUCGUGAAACAGAGAACUUAUUCAACUCGAAUCUGUUCCGGCUACAAGUUGACGAGGUCCUGCAAGAGGUCAAAGUCAAAGAGAAGACAGAAAAAAAGUUCCAGCAAUGGUUCCUUACAUUCAAAACUUAUUUACUGUCAAUACCGCCUGAUGACAACGAAUAUGACUUAACUGAACAAACUGUUAUUAAAAAACUCAAAGUAAAAUUGCCAAUAAGCAAUAAGAUAAUGAAGACAAAAUGUGUGUUUAAGUUUCACAAGUUUAAUAGUAUUGAAAUUGUUGGGUCUUACAACUUAGGCUGCCCUAUCAACUCCAAACUCAGAGUUGAUAUUCAAAUCACAGUGCCAGCCGACACAUACACAAAAAAUGACUCAAUUAACUACAGAUAUCAUAAAAAACGUGCAGCAUACUUAGCUUUUAUUGCGUCACAUUUGAAAAAUCUAGAAACCAUUGAAGACUUACAAUAUUCCUUCAUAAACGGUAGUGAUACUAAAGCGGUAAUAGAUUUGAAACCGUCAGGGAAACUUGGUAACUUUGUUUCUGUUCGUAUUGAUUUGUCUUGUGAGCAAGAUGCAUACAAACUGCACCGUUUUAGCCCGACUCGUAACAAUUUGCGUGAAGCGUGGUUAUUCAGUUCAGAUGGCAAUGAAAGUAUUGAUAUUGGACCUGCAACACCAUAUUAUAACAGUAGUGUCUUAUCUGAUCUUACAUCGUCUAUAAAUGAACAGUAUUUAAAGGAAGUUCUAUCGAGAAGUGAGAAUUUGAAACAAGCUGUUGUUUUAUUAAAAAUCUGGAUAAGACAGAGAAAGUUGGUAGUUUCUGGACAUGUUGUUAGCAUGCUGGUUGCAUAUUUGGUGCAAAUUAAAAGAAUUAAUAAUAUCAUGAGCAGCUACCAGAUUGUAAGAAAUGUAUGGAUAGCAAUCAAAUCUUCAGAAUGGGACAAAAAAGGUAUAUCACUCCACAAAGAGGGUGAUUCUCCUGCGAUUGAGGAAUUCCAUCAAUACUUUCCAGUAGUGUUUCUGGAUAAAACUGGUUAUCACAACUUACUCUGGCAAAUGUGUAGGGGAACCUAUGAUGCAUUGAAGAGAGAAAGUGAAUUAGCAGUGGAAAUGCUUGAUAAUGGCAAUAUAAAUAGCUUCAUACCAUUGUUUAUGACCCCAGUUCAGCCUUUGACGCAGUUUGAUCACAUUUUGAAAUUCAAAGACCUAAAUAGACUCAAGCAAUCAGUGCUAUCCAAAGUGCCCAAAGAGACCCAACUGAAUUAUGGCUUAGAUGAAUUAGCGCUGGUCACUGAGACACUUCAUUGUUUGAUGAGUAAAGGUCUCGGUAACAGAGUGGAUUUGAUACUUCAACAGGUUGAUGCUAAUUUCUCGUGGCCCGUUAAGAAAACGCCGGAAAAAGCUAAGAAAGAAGGUUACGAAGAAAACCUGUCGUUUGGAUUGGUUCUGAAUCCAGAACAUUGUGUGAAUGUUGUAGAAAAGGGUCCACCUGCAAAUUUACCUGAGGCUGAAGAAUUCAGGUCGUUCUGGGGAGAGAAAUCUGAGCUGCGUCGUUUCCAAGACGGCUCGAUCACAGAGACGUGCGUGUGGGACGGAGAGACAACGCAGGAACGACGCGGAAUUACGAAGCAGAUCGUCAACUAUCUCAUGAAAACUAAAUAUGACAUACCGCAAUCGGAUGUAUUCCACAUAUGCGACCAGCUGGACACCCUAACGUCACGCAAGCAGUACAGUGACGCGCAAACCGAGCAGUGCUCGUUGGAGGCGCUGAGGGCGUUCGAUGAGCUGCGGCGAGACUUGAGACAACUCACGCAGUUGCCGCUAGAUGUCAGCGCUGUAUAUGGGGUGUCCCCGGUGUUCAGCUACAGCGACCCCCUGCCGCCGCUGCCGCGCGCCGCGCCGCGCAACCCCUGGCGGCGCGGCAGCGCCAGCUUAGUGAAGGAGAUCACUAGGGAGGGCAACGCGGUCGCUCCCGAAUAUACACCCGUUUCCAAAGCGAUUAUUGAGCUAGGUCAUAGCGGCAAAUGGCCGGGCGACAUCGAGGCGUUCCGAUGUCUCAAAGCUGCUUUUAAUUUACAAAUCGCUGAGCGACUGCAAAAGCAAUAUUCCCUUCCCACUCAAGCCUAUCCAACACACAUCGAUGUCCUCAAAAACGGUUUAGUGUUCCGUCUGGAGAUAGCGCACCCGAAAGAGAUAACGCUAUUGAGGAGGGAGAUAGAGAAUGGUGUGGUCAAGUUUAGGGAGACCGAAGAUAGUAUCAAACUGCAGUGUGAAACUGUUUUGAUGCCAAGGUUGAGAGGUGCAUUGCACGGGUUACACCAGAAACACCCGUCGUUCGGGCCGACUGUGUGUCUCUUCAAGCGGUGGCUGUCGUCCCACCUCCUCUCCCCCCCGCACGUGCCCCCCGCGGUCGCAGAGCUACUGGUUGCUUCAGUGUUCGUCCACAGUGCCCCACUAGCGCCACCCACUAUGCCCACUGCUGGGCUUGUCAGAGUGCUCACGUUGUUGGCUAACACCGAUUGGACAAGGGAAAUGAUCGUAUUGGACUUCAAUGAGGAUAUGAAACGCGAAGAAAUAACCGAAUUGGAGCGCCAAUUCUCAUCUCGCGAGGACCCGACCCCCACCAUACACAUAGUAACGGCAUACGACGCUGCCCACCCCGCAAUAUGGAGUAGACGUGACCCCACACCGCAAGUUAUCGCUAGGGCUAAAAUCCUGGCCGAUAGUACGCUACGGUACUUCCAGAGGACGUUGUUGAUUGAAAUGAAGGAUAAUAUUUUGUCGUGUUUCGUCCCAUCACUAUCUGGCUAUGACGUCCUAAUUCGUCUGAAUCCUGCCCUGGUUCCGUACACAUCGGAGCGUGUGGAACGACCUGCGUUGUCACGGAAAUUACCCACCACUUUUCCGGAAGAUAUAAUUCCUGUGGUCGAUUUCGACCCUGUCAGGUGCUAUUUGGAAGAGUUAAGGCAUGCAUACAGCGAAUUCGCGCUCUUCUUUCACGACUCAUACGGCGGUGACGUCAUAGCUGUUCUGUGGAAGCCGGACAUCGAUGAGCCGAGAGAAUUUCAGGUUUUAAACGCAAACGCAUUAACGCCGGUAACAGUGAAAGGCGAUACGAAGUACAAGAUUAACAAACAAGCUCUCAUAGAAGACUUCAGAAUUCUAGGCGAAGGUUUAGUACGUGACGUCACAUUUGAUGUAUAGUACUAUAGGUUAAGCUGUGUAAUAUAGGAACUAUGUGAAUAUUA